AAUAGGGACAGGAGGCGGGGCUUGGAGCUGGUAGACGCUCUGGUGGUUAGGUGGGUUCCGAUCGCGGGGACUACGGGUCGGCGUUGGGCUCCUGGGCUCGAAACAAAAGACUCCGGUGGGUUCUCGGUGAGGCGCUUUCCUACGAGUAGCGGAGCAGCGGACCAGGGCUCCUCCACCAGUCAGUGGCACGCGGGCUCAGUGGGCUUCUCCGCGAUUCCCGCAGCCAGCGCUGCGGUGGGGGGCCCGGAGCGGCGGCACCUGCUGCUGAGGGGCCCCGCGGCCCGCCCAGGUGCUCAUGAUGGGGCUAAUCUUCGCUAAACUGUGGAGCCUUUUCUGUAACCAAGAACACAAAGUAAUUAUAGUGGGGCUGGAUAAUGCAGGGAAAACCACCAUUCUCUAUCAGUUCUUAAUGAAUGAAGUGGUUCACACAUCUCCAACCAUAGGAAGCAAUGUUGAAGAAAUAGUUGUGAAGAACACCCACUUUCUUAUGUGGGAUAUUGGUGGUCAAGAAUCGCUGCGGUCAUCCUGGAACACAUAUUACUCAAACACAGAGUUCAUCAUUCUUGUUGUUGAUAGCAUUGACAGGGAACGACUAGCCAUUACGAAAGAAGAAUUAUACAGAAUGUUGGCUCAUGAGGAUUUACGGAAGGCUGCUGUCCUUAUCUUUGCAAAUAAACAGGAUAUGAAAGGGUGUAUGACAGCAGCUGAAAUCUCCAAAUACCUCACCCUUAGUUCAAUUAAGGAUCAUCCAUGGCACAUUCAGUCCUGCUGUGCUUUAACAGGAGAAGGGUUAUGCCAAGGACUAGAAUGGAUGACCUCUCGUAUUGGUGUGAGAUAACUUUUUUGCUUGAAAGAGACUGCUCUAUUUAUUCUGUGACAUGAACAUUUUUCCUAGUAUCUUUGGCUGCUAAGGCAGCAGCAUGUUUAAUUUAUAACAACACAAACCUCUAUGAGCAACACUUGAAUCAAGUGCAGCUGAACUGGGACACAAAAGAUUUUUUCUUACCUUUUUUUUUAAUGCACUAAUCUUCAGUUGGAUGAACAUUAUGUAUAACUAUGUUGGAUGAACAUAAUGUAUAACUAUGUUUUCAGCGAAAGAAUUCUUCUGACUGCUUAUUCUAAUUAUUCAAUGACUGCCUUGUAAGAAAUGUUUGUCAUGUUUGUACUCUGAAGUAUUAUAAGUUAAUGACCAAUUUCUUUUGUUUCUUGCCCACCCCUUUCCCCCACCAGAUCAUUACUUGUUUGACAAAGUAGUAGCAGAAAUUAUCAGAUACUGCUUGCAAACUUAACCAGCACUAAAUAUUUGUUCCCUCUAUAAACCACUUAUCUUUUGAACAGAACUUAUUAUAGAGAAAGAAAUGUGCCUAAAAUAUAUAUACAAGAUUAAAUAUCAUGAGAACUGCCUUUAAAUGUGCUGACUUCCCUCACAUUAUUGCAAGUCUUAGAAUCAUUUUAAAUUACUAUUAGCAUGGAAAUUAAGUAGGCUAUUUAUCCAAAAGAAUUAAGUUCACUUUUCUGCCUAAUUUAAUUAGUUAAGUUAAUCAAGGUGAAAUGUUUAUAUGAAAGCCCAACUUUGAUAAUACAUAUAUUGGAUCUGGUAUUUUAAGAAUGUCGUAUUAUUCAAUGCAUAUAUAACUAUCAGAAGUUAUUAAAGCAUACCAGCACUAAUACGAAAACAAGACACUUGGGAUAUAUUUUACUCUCAACUUUAACAAACAACUUUAUUAUCAGCAGGAAGUUCAACUGUUCCAUUUGCAAGAGACAUCAUAUCUGCUUUGGGCAAUAGCUAAAGCAGAAAUACUAAGCAGUUAAUUCCAUUUCUUAAAAUUUUAAAUUGUUUCUCUAAGAGUAUUUCUGCCACCAGCAAUAUAUUACUUAAAAAAAAAUAAUGGCUUUUCUUAAAUGUUUGAGAUUGUAGUGUAAUAGGCUUGAAACAAUUGCCAUCCUUGUAGUUACACCUUGUGUUCUCAAGCUUUUUGCUGGAUUAUAGGAAACUGCUGAAUUUAAUCCUGGCUUUUAGACUGGAAGUUUGAGACUCAUAGUUAAUACACUAACAGCUUAAAAAUUAAAAAAUAGAAAAAAGUCAUUAUCAAAAUUGUAUUUAUUGCAUAGCAUUAAGAAGUUUUCAAGGCAGUUGUCUAAUAUGAAUAAUAAUCUAAAUAGUGCCUACCGUAAGAGGGAGGACAAGUAUUGUAAUUUUGAUCCUCUAUUUCAAAUGUAUGAUUUUGCUAUAAUGAAAGGAUAAAAUGUGUAUUUAGAGAGUAAUACUUCAUUUUUACAGUAUUUUUUGCCAUUUGGGUCAAAAUAGGAUUCAGUAUUCAUAAUAUCAAAAUAACCUGUUUUAAAGUGGUGUUUUAAUUUUGAUAUUUUUUAUUGUAGGCUGGUUUAAAUUUUGCUCUGUUUUCAAGUAUAUUUGAUUUAUUAGACUUAGUCUAAUUUAGUUGAUUGUGGUAACAUUUUCUGAUUUCUCUUUAGUAGUAGCACACCCUAGAAGUGAAAAGUGGCCAAAGUUUCUAAACUUUGGGAACUGGUUACUUGUUAACUUUGUUUUGAACCUUUUUCUUAGUGAUUCUAUACCAGUUAGACAAUAAAUUUUGUUUAAAAUGUAACCCAUAAUCAAGAAAAGGAGAGAAAAGCAGACAUAAUUCAAUAAGAAUGCUUUGUGGUUGUGUAUGAGGUGGUGGGGUAGGAGAAAUUAUGAAAAUACCCUUUACCUAAAGCAUACUUGCUGGAAUUUCUGUCUUGGUUAUAUAGUUUAGCCAUAAAUACUGAGGAUAAUUCUCUUAACCCCAACCUGAAAAAAACAUAUUUAAUAGUCCUGUAUGUGUUCUUAUUAUGAAGUUUAUCAUCUUGUAUCUAGUAAGAUUGGCUGGCUCAAUUUUCUUCUUUCAAAUUAUUUGGUUAUUUUUUAUAUUACCACAUCAGCAUUAUACUGAAAGUGUUUUUAAUAGUUGAUGGUAUUUUGUCAACUAUUAGGAUAGAGUCAAGUUUGCUAUUUAAUUUUUAAAAUGCAAUUCAUUUUUUAUUUUCUAAGUCCUUUUUAAAAAACAUUUUGUUAGCUUUGGAUUGAAAAUGAUUUAUGUUGACUGUGUGCUGAAGAUGAAAUCAACGUCCCAUGAGGUUUUUGUGUGAGUGAUUGGGAAAAGGUCAACAGGAAAUUGAUGUAAGACUUUUAAAAGUAUCUUAUAAGUUCUCAUUAGAUAUUUCCUGUUACAGUAAGAUGAAAACUGAUUAUCCUUUACUCCAAGAGAAUGGUUAAACUCAGCCAAAUAUCUAAUACUAAAGAAUUGAUUCUGAUAUUCACUGUAUCAACAAAAUAAGAAUUUGUGAUUAAUGCCUUUAUUCUUAUUUUGAGCUGAGGUCUCAAUUUUGUACUAUACCUGUUCUUUAAGAUUCAGAUAGCAGGUAAUUAAUUUAACAAUGAAAUAAUUUGAGUUUCACCCUCCCGCUCAACCUCUCAAUUGCCUAGCAAAGUUUUUAGUAAGUACUAGAAAGCAAAGGGCCACAUUACUUUUGAGAAGUCAUUCUACAUUUUGUUUUUAAUUUGAAGAUAAACUAAAUUUUAAUAAAUCUUUCCCAUGUGUUAUAACUAAAAUGUAAUUGCUACCCUUGUAAGUUCAAAUAAGGUGGUUUUCUUAAACUUAGAACAAGUCUCAUUCAUCAUAUUUAAACUCAUUGUUCUUAAUGAAGCUCAUUUGGGAACUUUAGAAUUAACAGGCCUUUUAUAUGAGGAUAUACUGUAUAUUUUGUACUAAUGCAGUCUAAUUCCUUAAAAUCAGAAAUAGUUUAUCAUCUGUUGAAAAACAGAUGAUUAAAAAUGUAAUUUUUGCUUUUAUGUUGUCAGUAUGCUUAAGGUCUAUAUAAUUUUAUUCUACAUUAGAGGAAAGAUAAAUUCAACUUUCAUUGUUAAAAAUAAUUUUUAAAUGGGUUACCACCCUUAUAGCCAUAAUCAUCUUGAUGAAGCAUAAAUUCACUUUUAUUAUCUAUAUAGCAUAAGAUAAAACAGUUAUUUUCCUGUGGAAUCAAUGAUACAGGCAGAGAAUAUAAACUGUAUUCUCUGAAGAAUGAGGGGGAGUCAUAAAGCAAGAAAAUUUAAAAGAAACAGUAUUUUUUUAAAAAAUCCUUUUGGUAUAGUAUCUUAGGAUAAAUUACAAAUGGAACCAUUUCUGACUAGGACUCAUUUCAUUCAUAAUUAUGUAAAACUGUAUUAGUAGAAAAAAUAUGCUGGUAUUAUGCCUAUAGAUGGAAAAAUUCCAUCAACCUUUAAUUUUGAAGACCAGUUCAUGAGUCUAGCUUCUCAUCUGUGGCUUUAGAUCCAAAACAUUUCAUUUCUAGUUCAGUUCUGAAGGACCUUUUAUAUCUCGUCAAGGUAAAGUCACCUCAAGAUACAGCAUGGUGACUUGUCAUCUUAGUAGAGUAAUGACUAUCUGGCUAUCUAAAAGGUGGGCUUAGAUCCUAAUUUGGCCAUUACUUACUUAUUUGAUCUUAAAUUUACUGUCCAUAGACCUAUUUUUCCCAUACUUAGGAACUUAAGCAACCAAAACUCCAACAUGUCUUUUGCUUUUAAAAUCCUAAAUUUUUACAUACAUUAAAAUUUUUAAAAACUAGGAAAAGACAUGUAAUAAAUUAAUUUUUAUCUUAUUUGAUGCCCACCUCAUCAUUUCACUUAGUAUAUGAAUAUUAUCAACUAAGGAAACAAAUUAUCAACUAGUAACAGCUGCCCAACUUAAAUCACACUAAUAGCUAAUGGCAGUGCAAAAGAGAAAAUAAGCCAUAUUGCUAAGAAAAUUAUUUUAGCCUUCUUAUAAAACACCAGUGUGUGUUGAAAAUACUUAGUUCUAGAAAUUAGAUUAGCUUGCUUAUUUUCCUCAUUUUUACUAGUUAGAGUGGUUGUUAGCCUGUUCAUUUCAUUGGCUUUAGAUGCCACCCAAAACUCGUUUGACUUUUCAGUUUUGAAGGGAUGGUGUAGCCAGGAUGUCGAUAUUUUACAAACAUCUGUAUAAAUCUGAGAGUAGUGUAUAAUCAAGGUUAGUUUUUUAUGUAAUGUCUCAUCCUUACUUACUUAGCGUUACUGUGGAGACUGAAAGCCAAAAGUCAGGUUCCCAGAAAGGAUUUUUUAAGAGUUCCAGAUGUCCCAAGCUAAACAGAGAAGGCCAACUAAAAAAAAAAAAACAAAUCUUCAACCACUCCAUUUUAAAUUUAAAGUAGAAAAAAUACUGUGUUCAACAAUCCUAAAAUCCACUUCAAAUGUGUAUGGUUUGGUAAAAUGCUUGGGAAAUGUUAAUUUGGAGGAAAAGAAGAAUAUCUAGGAACAGAAGUUAAAACACUUGAUAGUAAAGAUAAACAUGGGGCAGGAAAUCUUGAAAAGGAUAUUAAGUAAUAGAAAAUUUGAAACAGUGAACACCCCCCAUUUAAGGCAAUUAAAAUUACUAGAAAGGACAGUCAUUUACUCUAGAACUGAAUAGCCUAUAUUAUUUUUAAUGUGGCCAAAGCAGUGAAGACAGAUCAGGCUUUUAGAAUUUUGCAGUGUAAUCACCUAAAGGCAUCUUUUGCUCAUUUUUUUAAAACAAUAAGCUACAUUUUCUUGAGAAAUAAUAAAAUGUGCCGUGCAUAUCUUUUGGAAUAGAAAAUAAAGUUCUAGAAGAAUGGAAAUCUUCUCUCACACAAACUUGUAAAAUCUUAAUUAAAAAAUUACCUCAUUUUUCAAUCUCUAAGGUGCUUUUGCCAUUUCUGGGAUGUUGAACCAUCCCAUAAAUACUCCCUUCACCUAAACUGUAUUUGAAAUACACAAAAUUCACAACUGAGAGCAUUCCUUGGAGAUUUUCUUUUAUUCUUGUGUACCACCAGCAGGCUGACAUGGUGUAGCAGAUCCACAAAUCAUCCUCAUUAAAGCACACAGGCAAGUUCUGUCAAUACUUAGUUUAAUUAAAGUCACAUAAGGGAAAGGAAAAAACCUUAACAGUUGAUUGGUUUUAUUACACUGUGAACAUAUUUCCAUCAAUGACUAUCAGUUUGAUGUUAUGUGUAAUUUAUUUGCAUAAUUGGGCCCUAUUCACAAGAAAUUAAAAUCAUUUUAAUCUCAUACUUUUUCCCUCAGGAAAUUCAGGGACUUUACAGUCCCUAUUUUGUUCUCUUAGAGUAAACAGUUAAAUGUAGUUUUUGAAAACUUUCUAUUUUGAUUUUUUAAAAGUUUAGCUGCUAUUUCAUUAAAAGUGAAAUAAGAUGAUGGUUAUGAUUUUUUCCAAUUAUGUAAUAAUUAUAAAUCUUACCCUAUUCAUUUAUUGCUCAGAGCAUGGUGUAAAAGGAAAACAAAAAUUAAAAGCAGUUAAAGCCUUGCUCUUGCAUUUAUUCUAGUAAGAAUAUAAUGAUUAUAAUCCCAUAUUGCCAUGUUAACAUAAAUUGGUGCUUUAAAGCAUUAAAGAAGAACAGCAGGCCCUGUGUAAUAUAGUUCUUGCCUCAGAAUGUAAAACUACGUAAAAGCAUCUAUAUUUAUGUUCAUUUCUUAAGGUUUAAAUAUACAGACUUGUCAUUAUCCAUCAAGCUUCAGGCUUUCUGCAAAAGCUAUAAUAAUAUCUUAACUAAUCAGUUUGGUCAAACAGAAGAUUGUUAAUAAGUCCAAAAUUAUGAGACGGAUCUCUCUGGACCCUCUGGCAUUGUACACAGGGGAAAAGAAAAUGUCUCAUGCCAUAAACUAUGCUGUUUAGCCCCAACCAAGCAACUAAAAUAUGUGCUAUCGGUCCAAUAUAUUAGCAUUAAUACAAUUUUAAAGAAAACAAAUUACUUCAUGCAUUUAUAUCAUCACUUCCUGAAAAUGGUUCAAAGCAUGUUCUUCUAAUGUUGGGGUUUAAAAGACAUGUUUUAAAAUUUUUAAUAGCUUCAUUACUAUCAUAAAACACUCCUUUUUGUGCUAAGUUUAGGUUGCUGGUGCUCAUCAUUUUAUAUUUCUGCAAUUAUGUUAUAAUUAGUUACUUGCAUGCCUACUUAUCCAAGUAAAAGGAUGUUGUUUGCUCUGGAAUGUUCAUAUUUUAGACAGAUUUUGGCUCAUUUGCAAUCACAGUGCAAUACAGUGUAACAGUCAUUUGUUUUCAGUCAACAGCUUUAUUUUUGUCAUAAUAAAUACUUUUCCAAUAUAA